UUCUAAUGAAUGCAACCAGAUUUCUUUUCAGUGCGUCAAAGUGUCAUUAGCAUUAGACGACAUUGCGAAACAAUGAUUCAGCGGAGCCGAAAACACAAUAACUCGCGUUAUCAUCGCAGGCAGUCAGUCAGUUUCUAGAUUACAGAACUCGGAGCAGCGGAUAAGUGUUAUCGCUGACCGCGCGAGUCCGCGUUAAAGUGACGGCUUUUACGAGACAAUGCACGACUCGACGGAGACUGGAAGAGGGGUGGGGGAGAAAGGAGAGCAGACGGACGACGGCGAUCGUUCGAGAAGAGCAAGCCGCCCUCGGAGGCCGUGAAAUCCACGGUGAUGGCCACGACCGACGAGAGAGAAAAAGAGAGACAAAGAGAGACAGAGGAGGGCUCGUUAUUCCCCGAAUCCUGGUGCAAUCCUCUCCGCGCUUCUCUCUCGCGUCGGAGCUCCUUCCUUUCUCUUUACGCGACCUCGGGACUAUAUUUAUCCGAAACGUACGUGUUUUUUCUUCCCUUACGCAUUUACCGCUCUCCUACCUCCUAUCCCCUGCGCCUACUCCCCUCUUUGUCCUGAAACCCCCAUAGAUCGGCGUGAUCGAAAGCAAAGUACGCCAACGACUCCAUCCGAGUAAGCUAAUUCCGUUCGAUGAUUCGCGCCUCUUGCCUUCGUGAUACCGUCGAUAUCUUAUUGUGCGGCACCGAGAAGAGUCCCUGGCUCUGUCUGCACUGCGGGACCGUGCAUUGCGGCCGAUACGUGGCGGGCCAUGCGUUGCAACACUACGAGACUAAUACUCAACACUGCGUGUGCAUAGACUGUGAGAGCCUGGCAGUAUUCUGUUACACCUGCGACGAGUACGUGGUGAACGACACCACGAGCGGGCAGAUCGAGAAGAUACGUCGCGUCACCUUCCGCAAAGACGAGCAUAAAGAAAAUGACGAGAGCUGGAGCACGUCGCCACCCGCGACACCGCCGUCCUCGCGGACGCGCGACAACGGGGGCGAUCAUGACAACGAUCCGGACGCCCUGUGGAAAGCGGAAGUGGUCGUGAGAAACCUGCGGCCGAGGACGGCGCGCAAGAGGCUACACUCGCUGGACGCCAGCAGUGCGGACAAUCGGCCAGCCAAACGCCGUAGCUCCAAGAGUACCAAAGAGAAGAAGGUCGUCGGGCUGAGAAAUCUCGGUAACACCUGUUUCAUGAACGUGGUGCUGCAGUCCUUCAACAACAUUAGCCACUUCUGCGAGUACCUCACGCAGAUGCCGUGUCUCGAGGGCAUCGCGUUCGACGAGUCCACGGGACCACCCACGCAUCGCGGUCGAAUCGUUACGCCGGGUCGUGCCAAGGAGAUGUCCAUGAGCGACGCCUUACUUGCCGAGGAACUCCGAAAAGUGCUGCUCGGAUUGAGCCUGGGUGGCUCCAAUGGCCAGGCCAUAUCGCCCGAGUGCCUGUUUCUGGCCAUUUGGAAGGUCGUGCCGAGAUUUCGGGGCUACCAGCAGCAGGACGCCCACGAAUUUCUCACCUACAUGCUCGACCGACUCCAUACCGAACUGUUGCAGCUGCUGCCGAGGCUGGGACACGAGCCUUUGGGAUUGCGCGGCAAACAAAGCAUCGUCACUGCUGUGUUUGGAGGCACUCUUCUCAGCGUGGUUCACUGUAUGAACUGUCGUACGGACUCGAAGACGCACGAGCCCUUCCAGGACCUCUCGCUGGACAUACCGGACAGGCUACAGAGGAGUAGGACGAAGGAGCAGGAGGAAGUAUGCAGUCUGACUUACAGUUUGACAAAAUUCUUCAAGGUGGAGGAGUUGGCCGACAGCGAGCUCUACUUCUGCGACAAUUGCAUGGGCAAGCAGAGGUCUACCAAGAGGUUCUGGAUACACAGGCUGCCUAACGUGUUGUGCCUUCACAUUAAAAGAUUUAGGUGGUGCAAUUCCUAUCGCUCGAAGGUGGACACGCAGGUGGAUUUCCCGAUGGAGUCUCUCGAUAUGUCUGCGUUCACAGUGCGCGGCAUGACCGGGACGAGAUUGGGCGCUCAGAAUAGUCAUCUCUACGACUUGGCUGCCGUUAUCGUGCACCAUGGUUCUGGUGCCGGUACUGGACAUUACACUGCCUUUGCUGUGCAUGACGGUCAGUGGUUCCAUUUCAACGACAGCUCCGUACGUCCGGCGACUACCGAUGCUGUCGCUAAAUGUAAGCCUUACAUUCUGUUCUACGUGCGGAGAGAGUUCUCCAUUCCGCCCCCAUUGUGACGUCGUUUCUCCGACAAGAAGCCCCGUCCUGGCAGUGCGAGCCUC